CUUCUGGUCUUGAGACAGAUGUAGUCUCAGUGUCGGUGAUGGAGGGAGAUUCAGUCAUUUUACACACUGGUGUUGAAACAAACCAACAAGACAGAAUGAAAAUGGUAUUUUAAUGACACUCGCAUCGCUCAACUGAUUGGAGAUCAGAGUAAGAUCUGUACAGAUGUUCAGUGUAAAGAGAGAUUCAGAGACAGACUGAAACUGGACAGUCACAGUGGUGAUUUGACCAUCAUGAACAUCAACACCACACACUCUGGAGUUUAUAAACUGCAGAUCUUCAGGAGAAGAGUCAUUCAAAAGAUCUUCAAUAUUGCAGUUUGUGAUGUUCCAGGUGCAGAGACAGAUAAAAUGAAGACAAAGUCAGUGAAGGAGGGAGAAUCUGUCACUUUAGAUCCUGGUGUACUAAAAAACACAGAUGAUGUGAUGACGUGGCAUUUUAAUGACAUUUUCAUCACUCAAAUCACUGGAGAUCACCAUAAGAUCUGUGAAGAUGCCAAGUGUAAUAGUACUGGGAGAUUCAGAGACAGACUGAAGCUGGACAAUCAGACUGGAUCUCUGACCAUCACAAACAUCACAACCACAGACGCUGGAGUUUAUAAACUACAGAUCAACAGCAGCAUCCGACCUCACUACAGCAUCAACAGCAUUAAGAGAUUCAGCCUUACUGUCACUUAUGCUUCUGGUGUUGAAACAGAUGGCAUGUCAGCAUAUGUGAUGGAGGGAGAUUCAGUCACUCUACACACUGAUGUUAAGAUGAACCAUCAAGACAGGAUUAGAUGGUAUUUUAAUAAGACUCUCAUCGCUCAAAUCAUUGGAGAUCAGAGUAAAAUCUGUACAGUUGAUCAGUGUAAAGAGAGAUUCAGAGACAGACUGAAGCUGGACAGUCACACGGGUGAUCUCACCAUCACAGACACCGGAACUACAGACUCUGGAGUUUAUAAACUACAGAUCAUCAGAAGAAGAGUCAUUCAUAAGAUCUUCAAUGUUGCUGUUCAUAGUGUUCCUGCUAAUGAGCAAGAUAAAGUGAAGAGUAAGUCAGUGAAGGAGGGAGAAUCUCUCAUUUUACAUCCUGGUGUAAUAAAAAACCCAAAUCAUGUGAUGACGUGGCAUUUCAGUGACAUUCACUUCACUGAAAUCACUGAAGAUCAGAGUAAGAUCUGUACAGAUGAUCAAUGUGAAGAUUCUGAUGAGAGAUUCAGAGACAGACUGGAGAUGAAUAAUCAAACUGGAUCUCUGACCAUCAUGAACAUCAAAACAACACACUCUGGACAAUACAAAGUGAAGAUCGUCCACAGCAUCAGCCACCGCCACCGCAUCAGCAUCAUCAGCGUAGAGACAUUCAGUGUUACUGUCAUUGAAUCAAGUCUGCCUUCUGGUCUUAUAGCAGAAAUAUGUGCUGCUGGUGUUGUUGCUCUUGUCCUGCUGGCGUAUAUAACUGCUGCAUGUUUAAAGCUUUAUUGCAGCUGGUGCUAUAAACAUGGCUAAUUUAACAAAAAAAAAAAAAUACUUUCUAGAUGAAAAUUAGUGUAAACUGAUGUUGUAGUCAAAAAAAUAGCUUGGGUGGGUGCACAAAAUUUGGGCUGGUUUGGGGUCAGUCUGGCGGUUUUCCAACAUAUAAAUUGUAUAGGCUAACUGGCUGACAAACAAUCACAAGUGUGCACAUACUGCAUCCAAACAGUCAUCAGGACGUUAUAAACAUAAGCUCACUGCAGUGUAGAGGUGCUGAUGUUGAUGUCGCGGCCGUACUUUUAGCCAAUCACUAGGGAUUUGCAGACAGACGUGAUGAUUCAUGAGUGACGGGUUUUUAGUGCGGUAACGGUUCAGCCCACAUAGGGCCAGCCCACACCAAACCAUAAUGCCUAAAUAUAAGUUACAUGGUAAAGAGUGGGAGAGUGUUUUAACUCUCAAAAUGUGAAUUUCACCUGUUGAGGGAGAGAUAACACGAAGGCUCUAAUAUGACUGCAACCCCGGAAUUAGAGCACAGCGGAAUUAUUUAAUCUAUUUAAAAAUAUAUAAAAAUCUAUU